CGCAGCUUCCAAGGUUCUAUUAUUGCAGCGGUUCCAUAUAAAAGUUCCCUCCUCUCAACCAUCGAAAUCCACAAUCACCCUCACACCACGCAAUUAUCCCUUACUGACAGCUUGCUUGCCAUCGCGCAUCAGUCAAAAUGUCGUGGAGAAAUCAGGGAAUCACGGGUUCCAACAACAUCCCCUUGGGAAAGCGUCGGUUCGGCGGCGACGAUGGUGGUGAAGAGGAGUUCCAGGAAGCUCCCCCCAGCAAUGGCAACGGCGAGCUGAAGCGCGGUCGCAGCCCAGAGCCUCGUACCGAUGCCGAUGGCCCUCGCCGCAGAAAGAAGAGAAACCGUUGGGGCGACGCGUCCGAAAAUAAGGCUGCCGGAUUAAUGGGCUUGACGACUGCCAUCACGGCGAACAUGACCGGCGAGCAGCUGGAGGCUUACACCCUUCAUCUCCGUAUCACGGAAAUUAGCCAGAAGCUCCGCAUCGACGACGUCGUUCCCGCGGAUGGAGACAGAUCACCCUCUCCUGCGCCCCAGUACGAUAACCAUGGUCGCCGUAUCAAUACGCGCGAGUACCGAUACCGCAAGCGUCUCGAAGACGAGCGCCACAAGCUCAUCGAAAAGGCCAUGAAGACCAUCCCUAACUACCACCCGCCGCAGGACUACCGCAGGCCCACCAAGACUCAAGAGAAGGUCUACGUGCCUGUUAACGAUUACCCAGAGAUUAACUUCAGUAUGAUUGCUAACCCUCUAACCCUCCUAACCAAAAUUCUUAUUUCCCUUGUUCCCUGCCUGGACUCUGGCCAAGCUUGUCAUGCACCCUCCAGGUGUCUUGUCAGACCUGGCCUUGUUUGGAGACUGGGACCGUCAUAACUUGCUUCACCCUUUUGAUACAAAUGCUAACACAUAGCUCUCGUCGUAAAGUCGGCUUACUUAUAGGACCCCGUGGUAACACU